AUGCGGCGGUACCCAAGGGUACGCAGCCGCAGGACCUCAGCCGAAUGCACCGCUAGGAGGUUGGCAUUCACCCUGUCGGUCAACAAACAGACACGCCGGAGCCAUUAUCGCAGCCGGUGCUGGAUGACUUACUGCGGGUUUUGUUGCUGCCCGGGCUUAUGGCGUUCCCAUCAUGUGCUCCUCUGUCUCCCUGCACUUUUCAGUGUGAAGGGAGACAGGACACCUCUGUAG